AGCCCCGAAUUAAAUAAAAAACAAAAAAAGAAACGCUUUCUUUUUCAGACCUCUCUUUCCUUUUUCUGUUCUUCUCUUCCUCCUCUGAUCUCUUCUCUCAAUUAAUCUCUAAGCUCGAGAGAGAGAGAGAGAGAGAGAGAGAGAGAGAUUCUUCUUCUCUGCAUUACACUUCCAGCGAAGGUUUCAACAACAUCAAAGCGCAUUCCUCGUGACCAACUCUUCCUUCUCCUCUCGUUCCCUCUCUCUGUUUCAGACAACACAGCCCUCGCUGUUCUGAUUUGCCUCGCUUUUUCCCCCUUCCCCUGCUUUGAGCUGGUUACCAGCAGCCGGCGCCGGGAGGAGAAAGAAAGAAGGUAAGGAUGACCUCCGACGGGGCGACGUCGGCGGCGGCGGCAGCAGCUGCGGCGGCGAGGAGGAAGCCGUCCUGGAGGGAGAGGGAGAACAACCGGAGGAGGGAGCGGCGGCGGAGGGCCAUCGCCGCGAAGAUAUUCACUGGGCUCAGGGCUCAGGGGAACUACAAUCUGCCCAAGCACUGCGACAACAACGAAGUCUUGAAGGCCCUCUGCCAGGAAGCUGGAUGGGUCGUUGAAGAAGACGGCACUACUUAUCGCAAGGGAUGCAGGCCUCCACCGCUUGACAUAGUGGGAACUUCAGCGAGAGUGACUCCAUACUCAUCUCAAAACCCAAGUCCAAUGUCGUCUUCAUUCCCAAGUCCCAUUCCGUCUUACCAAGUCAGCCCUUCGUCUUCAUCCUUCCCAAGUCCAACCCGGACCGAAAACAACCACCACCACCACCAUCCACCAUCUUCCUCCAUGUUCCCCUUCCUUAGAAACUCCAUUCCUUCAUCUCUGCCACCUCUCAGAAUCUCCAACAGCGCUCCUGUCACCCCGCCUCUCUCCUCCCCGACUUCCCGAAACCCUAAGCCGACGAUCCCCACCUGGGAGUCCAUCAUGGCAAGACAAUCCAUGGCCACAUUCAACUACCCCUUGUAUGCCGCCUCUGCCCCAGCUAGCCCGACUCAUCGACAGUUCCAUGCUGUUGCUCCGGCUACGAUACCCGAGUGCGACGAGGUAUCCGAUACUUCGACGGUUGAGUCGGGGCAGUGGAUCAGCUUCCAGAAGUUCGCCCCUGCCAUGGCUGCUGCAAUGCCGACAUCUCCGACUUAUAACCUCGUGAAGCCACCGCCGGUGGUUCAGCAGAGCCUGUCUCACGACACGAUCAUGGUCGAGAACGGGAGGACGAUGAUGGAGUUCGAGUUUGGGAAUGGCGAGCAGGUGAAGCCAUGGGAAGGUGAGAGGAUUACUGAGGUGGGGUUGGAUGAUCUUGAGCUCACUCUUGGGAAUGGGAAAGCCAGAGGUUAAGUGAAAGAUCAGAAGGCCUGUUGUCACAGUUCUUGGUUUCCAAAGAGUAUAAGCAAGCACUCUUUAUGAACUUCCAUACAGAGAGGGUCCCUAUGAAGAACCAAUGCAUCAUACUUGGGAAUCAAAUCCUUGGGGGUUUCUGAUUGAAGAGCUGAACUUCUCUUAUCUAUGAGCUUCCUUCUUCUUCAUGGUUUACAUCUAGUUUCCUGUCUUUUCUGUUUUAGUGUUUCUUUUCAAUCGUUUUUGAUGGUGAUGGAAUUGGUUUGAGGGAUGGUCUUUAUUACAAGCAUAUUACUUGUAGAUAUUGUGGGUUGGGAUAUUAUGAUGAUGAUCAUGGUGGGGGGAAUUGGAGGAGUUACUGUUACUCCCUCUAUUGUAGACCCUUUUUUUUUCUUCCUUUUAACUUUGUAGACUGAUGAACCCAGAAAUGAGAGGAGGCAAAAGAACAACCCUUUGGAGGAUAUUAAAUUAAGAGAUUAUAUCAGUUUGCUGUUGGUGUCCUUGUUACCUUUUGCUUCACUUUUCUCCUAUGCCACAAAUUCUGCUGUUGAGGAUGAUGGUGUUGCUGUUGCUAUUACCUUGUCGUGUUCUUCAGUGUAAUGAUGUUCAGUUUCCACCUUUCUGUUUCAUGUCGAUAAGCUCCUGAUGUCACUCACUCUAUCCAAGUUGCCAAUUGGAAGAGAAUGCUUAAUUACUCUUUCCCUGAAGUCUUGAAUUCAAGACCUUCAAUAAUAGUCUUGU